AUGUCAGAAGCUUCUGGAGGCGGUGAAACACAGGUGAAUAUAUCGAAUCAGCUGGCAUCGUUGGUUCCCAAUUUUGAUCCCAGUAAGGAUGAUCUGCAAAUGUAUCAACAGAAGGUCGAGAUGGUCCUGUCAGUGUGGCCCGAGGCGAAGAUAUCAGAACUGGUGACACGUCUGAUUUUGAACACAACUGGAUCGGCAUUUGCAAAGUUACAGUUGCAUCACAAGGAGUUGUGUACAAAUGAGACAAAGUCAAUUCACAAGCUGAUUGAAUAUCUGGGUGGACACUGGGGCCAGACAGGCCUUGAACGUCGUUUUGCGGAUGCUGAGAAAGCCUUGUACCAAUGUAACCAACAAUCUGAUGAGAGCCAUGACUCCUUUUUGGCUCGUGCAGAUGUGUUGUGGUCGAAGCUGAAGUCUCAAAAGUUGCAGAUUGAUGACCUCCAAGCGUAUAUCACGCUUAGAGGUGCCAACCUUCCGAGCGAGGACAAGAAACGAAUCAUCCUGGACUCGGACAACACCCUUGAGGGCAAGCUCACGAUCAACAGGGUCAGAGAAGCAGUGCGAAUGUUAGGAACCUCUUUCUUUCAAGAAAUAACAGGUCAAGCUCGAAAGAAUCAGAAGACCAAGGUCUAUGACUCCAACACCCUCAUGAUGGAGGAUUUAGAACAUCAGGGAGAUCAUGAAGAUCCUGUCAAUGCAGUUCACGCAGAGGACUGGCAUGAAGAUGAGGUGAUCGAAGCACUGCUGGCCGAGGGGGAUGAUGACGCCAUUUUUGUGGCAGAUUUUGAGGCUGCAGCGAGCGAAGUUCUUCAAACAGAUGGUGAUCUUUCGACAGCCUAUAGCACGUAUGUCGAAGCCAGGCGCAAGCUCAAUGAAAAAGUGAGGGCAAGGGGAUUCUGGCCGUUGGGGAAAGGAAAGUCCAAGAUGAACAAAGGCCGUGGUAAGGGCCGACCUCCAUGGAGUAAGAAAACUCUCCAACAGAGAAUCCUAGAGUCAAACUGCCGUUUGUGCGGAAAGAAAGGCCAUUGGAAGUCAGAGUGCCCCACCCGAAACCAGGGGUCAGCCAGUGGAUCUCAUGCCGCAGCAGCGACAUUGUCCGUUGCUUCAUCCGCCGCGGAAUCUGACCCAGCAAUGCCUGCCGAGUUUCUUGAGCUUCCCAGGGUCAGUGAAUCAGGUACCCUUAAAGCUGCACAUGCAAUUGUUGUUCCUCUGGCCGGCAUGAAACUGAAGAUUGCAGUGGUAGAAGGCGCUACGCCUUUCCUGGUAUCGAAUACCCUUCUCCGAGCGUUGGGUGCCAUGAUCGACACCAACCAAAAUCAGCUCCUACUACCACGACAUCAGACGAAGGUACCUUUGAAAUUGUCAGCCAAGGGAUUGUAUCUCGUGGACACCAAUGAGCUUUUCAAAGUAGCACCCAUGCCAGGAGAGCCAAUUGAAGCAGCCGAGACUUUUGCACAGGACGAUCAUGCGACCGUCAAAAUACCUGAGGACCGUGAACAGCCGUCAGUUGGUGAUGAAAAAGAAAUCAGAAUGAAGGCUUCAGGUGAAGGUCAUGAGAAUCAAAGCAACAUGUCCAACGGAAUACAUGUGCAGUCAACAAAGUUCCGAUCUGUGAGUCUCGGCACCAUGGGAGACUGGCAGCAACGUCUGAGCCGUGUUCAGUCUCAGAUGCCAGCAGCCGAGGAAGAGACUGUGGACCACCUGAACCUGGAGCAAUUGAAGACCAUGCCGAUGUCAUUCGGCAAGGCCCACGUGGGCAAGAGCUUCGAGACCAUUUGGUCCGAACACCCGGACUGGAUCAAGUGGUUUUUCAACCACUACAAGUCCAGUUCCAAGGUGGAGCACAAGAAGAUGGUGAGAUUCAUCCAACUUCGCAUCGAGGAGGAAGAAAAUCAGACAACCCCAGUGUCGACGACACUCAAAGCCACAGCAAAGCCGAAGGGCAUGUCCAAGUCACACAUGGCCAAGGCCAAGUGUCAACCGACUCCAACCACACCGUGGCAGAUGGCGGAGGUGUCAGACACCGAGGAGCUCAUGAUCGAGCCACCUUGGAUCCCAACCGAGAUGACGGAAGUUCAAGAGGAAGUUCAAGUGAUCCACCAUCGACUGCAGGGCCUGGAGAAUGCCAUGCAACAGGUGAUCUCCCUGAUCUCCCAGCAGACCAGGCCAUCCAGCGCGACACCAUCAGGCGAUCUGGAAACUGCUGAGGGUAGGACCAAAGUGCCAGAGACACCCGAAGUCUCCAGAACUUAUGUUCCAGGAUCAAUAGCCAGCAGUGACGAUCUCUCGGCUCAUGAGAGCGCCAACCGAGAGGACGCACAAGGGAUCCAGUUCCGUCGUAGCUUAGCACUGAGGGAAAGGGCACGGAUUGCCUUUCACCAGGCAGACAACGACCAAGCCUUGCGCAGUGAAAUACUCACCGUGGAUCCAGCCGAGACACCUUGUGCCUGGCGUUGCGAGUUUGAAGUGCCAAGCCACCUUGCCAAGGUUAAUUGCCAAGGGCAACCGCCCGAGAGCCUGUUACUUGCCACGACUGAGAAGAAGCAGAGAACCGAAGUGAAGUUAUCAACAUUGACAGUGGAAGAACAAGCAGCAUUCAAGAAAGCCAAAGAGAGCGAAAUCCAAAAUUGGCUUAGCACAGGACGCACUCAAAAGGAUCGAGUGAUGGGAAUGGAACCCGUUCCAGAACUUGCAAAGGCAGUGCGAUUUGGUGAAAACAGCUGCGCGGCCGCAGCCUUGCAGGUGCAUCUGAUUGGUGCUUGGGAUCAGGGACCACCGCAGCAAAUUGCGAUGAUGCUUUUAGCGUCGCUCAUUUCCUUGGUGACGCUGGGCAGAGGUCAAGUGAUCCCAGCAGCACCUCGGCCCACCGACUCCGAACCAUGUGGCUGCCCGGACCCCAUCUACGGCUCUGACAUCUGCUACGAACCGGUUUGUCCCCCUGGCUAUUUCAGGUGCUGUGCAACUUGCUACGAAGCUCCCUGUUAUGGUUUGAAGAAGGAUCUCGAGUUGUCUUGGCGCGGCAUCUACGAGUGCAUCCUAUGUGAACCGGGAGACUUCUGCAAUGGAUGCGAUACCUUUACGAGGUGUCCUGACAACACGCAACCGACUCGGGAAGGGCCCCGGGUUUCGAAUGCGGGUUCCACUCGUAUUGCUGACUGUGAGAGCUGUGCAGCCGGAAUGGAGGCGAGCUUCAAGCGCGAUCGCUGCGUGACAGCCUACACCCACGUCUGCAAUGAGGAGUUCGUACAACGCUGCAUCAGGAGCUGUAAGGCUGAAGAGCCUUCUCGCGGGAAGAAGCUCACACCUUGUGAGCAGAUCAAAUGCGAGAUGUACUGCGCGAAGCAAUGGUCAGAUGAAUGCGCUCAAGUUGUUGGAGACAUCUGUAGGGACCUCACGACGGUCAAGGACUCUGGAGUCAUUGGAAUGGAUGGAACGUCAUCAGAGGUGGAGGUGUUGGUGUGUGAUGUUGACUGCAAUUCAUCUCUGCAAAGCACAUUGGCAGUGAUGAUCACUCUGCUUUGCUUUACCAGAUAUUUUCUGGGAGUCUGA